UACAUUCUUUUUUUUUCUCAUCACCAGGGAAGUCGUGAGAGUUCCUCAAUUGCAAGAUGCUGUUGCGUGUGAUCAUUUCAGCACAGGACAUUAGAAAGCUCCGCUUGGACUCUGUUCCAGAUUCGGUUCACAGCCUGAAACUGGUGUUGAAAAACAAACUGCAGUUACGCUCUCCAUUUGACCUUCAAUAUGAAGAUGAGGAUUUCAAAGACUUCUGUAACCUCACGUGUGUUGACGAUCUACCGAAAGACAAGGUGACAUUGCAAGUCGUUUUCUGCCCUGUCUCUUCGGACUCAAGUUUGGACACUUUAAGCUCUGCUGUACCAUCAUCUCCGGCAGCAUCCUCUUCAGCUCAUUCAUCAUCUCCGACGACGUCCUCUUCAUUGAGCAGCCAAACGGAGGGCUUUGCGGGUCAGCGUUCACAGCACUGGCCAACUCAUUUUCCCAUUCCCACCUUCUCAUAUGAUGUUGAGCUGAGGCUCAGGCAGGGCAAUGGUGCUUUUAAAGAAAGUGGAGCACUUCUAUCCAUUUCAAGGGACAUGAAGUCUGAGAUUCUGCUCAAACUUGCUGAAACAAUAUAUUCAUUCAUGACCUACCCUACACUUGAACAUUAUGGAUGUGUAGCCAAGGCACUUGUUGAAAAACACCCUUGCCUUACAGAACCUGGCUCCACAUCUGGAUGGUAUGGAUGGAAACACAGCAUAAAGUUUAAGAUGGGCAAUUACAGACAGAAAUUAAAAGCUGUGGGCUGCCGAGAACUGGAGGUUAAUUUUGAGAAAAGAGGUGCUGGGGACACGCGAGGGAAGAGAAACAAAGUCAAGAAACCUAGACGGUCUGAAACAAAUUUUCUUCCAGAUCUCCCCCAGGGAAGAGACAGCAGAAGUCUUGAAGAAGAUAGAGAAAAGAUGGUCCAGGAGAUGAGAAAAACAACCCCAAACCUAGCCUACAUCGAUAAUGCAAUGAAUGCCACAUAUGCACUGAGAAGACAGGAGAUCGUUGAAGAGGAGCCACCUGUGGCCGAAAUGAGAGUCAGAUGGCCUGCCCUUUUUACUGAAAGACAGAUCGUCAAGGAAUUCACCAGGCUCAUGUCAAUGGACAUCAAUAAGUUCUAUGAGGGUCUUGACAGCCAUCUGCAUAAACUUCUUCAGUUAUUCCGGUUGAAGCGCUUUGAGGAAGUUCAAGAAAUGACAUCCUUAAUGGAGAGUCUCGACAAGGAUGCAUCAAACCAAAGGAAGAGAGCAGCAGCUUUGCAGGGACUGCCAUGGUACAUGAAGGAAAAUCCUUCUACAUUGAUGAAGAGAUGUGAGCCAACAGAUCCUGGGGAGGACGUCAUCAAGGGAAUGGUGAUUGGAAUCCUCUUGGUCGUUGAAGAUGUGAAGGAGCCCCUUCCAGUUUCCUACAACGAUGUUGCCAUCGUCAUCGAGGAAAAGAUUGUCAUGCGUCAUCUCGGUGAUGUACCCAACGCUUUUGUGAACCUGAUGGGCCUGCUGUACAUGCUGAACCUUGACUAUCCAAAAGACAUUAAAUAUACUUUUGAGGUGAUUCAGCGCCUGUUCAUGGGAAUCGGGUCUGAGAUCUGCACUCCCAGAGUCCACUCUCUAAAGAAUAAACUGCUACGCUAGAGGGAUGGCUCAGGAGGAUGUUUCUGCAUUUGGCCCUGAGGAAGUGUUUUUUUUUGCCAUUUGUUCACUAUGUAGUAAGAGGAAAAGAAAUGUAAAGUCCUUCUGUGGGUCACAAGUUUUUUAUGUUUUCAUGUUCUAACCGAUCUCCAUUGCUCUGUGGAGGAAAUGUCUCUUGCAGACACUAAUGCAGACGUUAAUGUUGUAGACCAAACAUGAACAGAGUGGAGAUUUCAGUAAUGUUUGAACGUGUUCAUUUUCUGGCUGACACUUGAGCAAGUUUCUCAGAGAGAGAUUCCUAUUUUGUAUGUAUAUCUUGCUGCAUUUUACUGAACAUUCCCUUAGAAUGGAUCAAGAUGUAGAUGUUGAUAAAGUCAUUUAGAGAGUUGGGUUUUUUUCCCCUCAAAGAAAGGAUGCUCUUUAUUUUAAUUUUGUUCUUACAAGUGGGACACAGUGUAACUUCAGUUUUUGACCAGCCCUGAAAGAGUUCUCGUUUUUUACACCGUUUAGUAAGCGAUGAAAUCGAUUGCCCUUCGGUGGGUCACCCCACCUUGUUUUCAUGUACUGACUUAUUUCAAAAGUAUUAAUCCAUGUGAUGUUACAGAGAAAUUGUCAAGAGUGGACAUUUCAGUAAUGUUUGAAUGUUUUCAUUUUCAGCAAGUUUCUGAGAUUUGUUUUGGUUUUUUAUGAAUCUUUUUGCAAUUUACUGCAGCAACUCUGAAGAUUAAAGUGAUGGUUCGGAGUAAUUUCAUCCUAGGGUCCUUUGCACCAUGACCGCGA